UUCUCGGCACGAGCCCCGCAGUAAAAUACAUAAGAGACUUUCGUGGGGUUCUCAAGACCCCGUCGAUUAAAUCCUCGUCUGUCUCCCUGUUUAUCUCUGUCUCUCUCGAUGCUCUGUUCUCCAACUCACGCUGUACGUUCCUUCAUUUGAAUCGGAGCUGUUCCUCUCCCUCUCUGUCUCUCGAGAUGCUCUGUUCUCCAACUCACGCUGUACGUUCCUUCAUUUGAAUCGGAGCUGUUCCUCUCCCUCUCUCUCUCUCGAGAUGCUCUGUUCUCCAACUCACGCUGUACGUUCCUUCAUUUGAAUCGGAGCUGUUCCUCUCCCUCUCUCCCUCUCUCUCUCUCUCUGGUUCUUAAGUUUCUCCAAUGCACGUCGAGGGGCGGACGCAGGCCAUCACAAACGACGACCUUCGCAUCUCGCGAUCGCCUCUUUAAAUGGGCGCUGUGGCCUCGGCCCUCCGCUUCCCGUACCUCCUCCGGAGCUCCGACUCCGGGGCGGCCGAUCCGGGCGAUGGGGAGAUCAAUUCCCGUGGCCCGAGCACCAGCCGGGACUGGUCGCCGGUGCUCCUCGGGACGGCCGCCGCCGUGAAGCUGCAGAAGGUGUACCGGAGCUACCGCACUCGGCGCUGGCUCGCGGAUUCCGCCGUCGUCGCCGAGGAGUUCUGGUGGCAAGCGAUAGAUUACGCGAGGCUGAGCCACAGCACCAUAUCCUUCUUCAACUUUUCCAAACCUGAAACCGCCGCUUCCCGGUGGAAUCGGGUUAGCUUGAAUGCUUCCAAGGUCGGGAAGGGUUUGUCCACGGACGCGAAAGCACAGAAAUUGGCUUUUCGGCAUUGGGUCGAAGCUAUUGAUCCGAGGCAUCGAUACGGCUAUAACCUGCAGUUUUACUACGAGAAGUGGUGUAAUUCGGAUGCUGGUCAGCCAUUCUUUUACUGGUUGGAUUUAGGAGAUGGCAAGGAUCUUGAUCUUGAGGACUGUCCGAGAUCCAAACUUCGACAGCAGUGCAUUAAGUAUCUAGGACCUCAAGAGCGAGAGCAUUAUGAAUACCUUGUUAUCAAAGGGAAACUCAUACACAAGCUGACUGGAGAAUUGCUGGACACAAAUAAAGGAGCUCAAGGUGCUAAAUGGAUAUUUGUGGUGAGCCCCUCACAUAAAAUUUAUGCUGGUCAGAAAAAGAAGGGAGAAUUUCAACAUUCCAGCUUUCUCGCUGGAGGAGCCACAUUGGCUGGGGGAAGGCUAACGGUCGAGCAAGGAAUUCUCAAGUCAAUCUCCGCACGUAGUGGACACUACCGACCAACACCUGAGAGCCUCAAUCGAUUUCUAUCUUUUCUAAAAGAAAAGGGAGUAAAUUUAGAUGAAGUUCAGAUCUUAAAGGCAGAGGAAGAUUCUGAAGCUGAUGAAGACAAGAGAUCAGGUAUUGAAAAGGUUUCAGAUGAAGGCCCUCGCAAACCGGAACAUCUGGCGAUUGAAAUUCCGAGCCAUGCAGAAAAAAUUGCUCUCUUCGAGUCAUCCCAGGAGGCAACCCCUCAAGCAGAAACCACUUGCGAAAGGACCUUUUCUGGCGGCCUUCGGAGCCCGGGAACCCCAGUGCCUAGGAAUGCAAUCCUGCAGAGAAUCAACUCGAAGAACGCGACAAGGUCGUACCAACUGGGGCACCAGCUCUCUCGUAAAUGGUCGACAGGAGCUGGCCCUAGAAUCGGCUGCGUGGCCGACUACCCUGUUCAACUUAGAGAAAAAGCAUUGGGUUUCGUUAAAUUAUCCCCUCUAUAUCCAUCUACCUCCGAGCGCAAAUCACCCUAUUCCAACUCUCGUGACGACGGUUUCUCCCGGGCCGCGAUUCCAACUUCGGUAAUCUGAUUAAUCUAAUUAUUGUAAGUACCCCUUGUAGUCUCUUGAUUUUUAUGUUUUUCAAUUUUGUGAAAUGCGUUGCAUCUUUUAGUCAAAUGGACCAAUGACACUGAAGAGUAGCUUGUGACCCAUUUGCCUAUGCAUUUAACCACAAGUGAGGCUACUAAAAAGGGAUGAUGUAACUUUGUGUA